AUGGCUUUGGAGCAUCAUCUGUGGUUCAGAUGCUUGGUCCCGCUAGUUUUGCUCGGGUUACUCUGCUACGCUAGUUGGGCUUUCUGUUAUGCGCUCUGCUAUAGGGAAGUCUACCACAAAUUUGGUCAAAAGUCGAUAGGAGUGGGGCUCAUGUUUGGACAAUUGGUAUUGGUGGUGGUUUUGAUUGGCACCUGGUCACAGCUGGUAGCGAUUGGGCCUGGAAGGCAACCCAAAGUUUUGCCAUUUCGCAUUUUGCCAGAAAACGUGAACUCUGAUGGUGAAGAAGAACUGUCUGGAAAGUCGCCACAGCACCCACCAAUGACCAUCGUACCCCCUUCACUGUACCAAUGUGAUCCUCAGGGAUAUCCUUUGUGGUGUACUGCAUGCCAGACGAUCAAGGGCAAUCGCACCCAUCACUCUUCAACUUUGGGUUAUUGUGUGCCAAGGUUUGAUCACUACUGCGUCUGGAUUGGGACCGUGGUAGGACGCAAGAACUAUCGCCUUUUCAUGCAGUUCACGAUGUACGCGGGAUGGUUUUGCAUUUUUGUUAUAGCUUCCAUUGCUAGUUUUCUUAGACGCAUGAUUGCCUCGAGAAAAGACAUACCGCGCGUUGACCCUAAUAUUCUUGUGCUCCUAGCCCUUUGUUGUGUCUUCAUGUUAAUGGUAGGCCCUCUAUUUCUGUCUCAUUGCUACUACAUGGCGAAGAAUCGCACUUCUUUGGAAGUAAUAGCCACCAAACGCCGAUCAAAAGCUACUAAAAACUGGCUCUGUUAUUUAAACCCCGUUGAUGGGCUCCGUUACGUCUUCGAAUUCAAGGCUCUGGAUACUCAAGACUAUUGGAAGAAGCGAGGUGUUCUCGCAAACAUAAAGGAGUUUUUGGGUCCGCAAUACUGGUUUUGGCUUGUCCCCCUUGGCACUAACAUCAAAACCCACGAUCCGAAUUCUUUUGAGUAUGAAGUCAUCUUAGGACCUUAUCAAGAAGUCGCUUCUGAUCAGCUACGGGAGCUUCUGCACAGCAGGAUUGCAAAUGGAGAUUUCGCAGCGACAUUCGAGGCUUACGGUGAUAAAGACAAGUAA